GUGAAAUCUCUUCCUGGAUUGGGUACAACAAUUGACGUUAUAUUGUUAAAUGGCACAUUGAAAGUUAGUGACAUCAUCGUAUUGACGGGUACUGAUGGUGUAAUUAUUACGCAGAUUCGCGAGCUCCUAAUGCCUCAGCCUCUAAAGGAAUUGAGGGUCAAAAAUGCCUAUGAGCACUUUCAAAUGAUCAAGGGAGCACAAGGGAUCAAAGUUCUCGCAAAAAAUCUGGAUAAAGCGCUUGCUGGCUUGCCAAUUUUCGUUGCUAACCGAGAAGACGAACUUGCGGUACUCAAGUAUGUUCUUUUUUCUCCUGACUCUACAGUCGCGUUUAUAUUCUCUGGUUUCCCAGACAUGUUAUAA